AUGCAGCAAAUAAGCAGCGAAAGACAAGAGAACAGAACCGACUUUUCUCUUGACAUGAGCAGCCCCGAGCCGCAGUUCAGCCAGAACUAUCAGCAUCAUUGCGAUCUCCUAUCAGACCUGCGCAAACAAGACAUUCUGCACUUGGAUGACAUAAUGGACAAUGUGGCAUUCAAUCCUACGCCAGAGACACAAGCCGGCGAGCCAAGUGUGAUUGAUGGCUCACCUGAAGAUCAGAUAAACCAGACUCAAGAUGCGACCUAUUUCCUGCUACAGGACGCCGAGGUUCGCAAACUUCAAGAUGAGGUCAUCCAACUACACACGCAGCUCGAAGACAAUGAGAACGAGAUUUUCAAACUCGAAUCUAACAUUGCCGUUGUCGAAAAUAACUAUUCUCAUAUCAAAACUGAGGUUGCUUGUGUCAGAACUGAGAUUGCCUGUGUCGAACAGAUGGUCGAGGCUGCUGAGCGCCAGCGAACCGAGAUGCAGCAGUUGUACCAGCACAAAGUUUCCGAGCUUAUGACACACAUCGGCAAGCUUAAUGGUAAUAUUUGUGAUCUCAAAGCGCAGGUUGCAUCCCGCAAGGCACUCAAGUCCCAAGACAAGGCCAUUGCCAACUCGCAAAAAGUUUCAGACGACGUAAUCAAAGCCAGCUGGAGAACAAUGACAUACAACAUCAGUAGCCUCGUUUCCACCAUCCUUACAGGGAAUCCCUCCCGGCAUGAUCUGGACCAUCAUGUUCACGAGGGCAAAGAGGAGUCUUGUGCUUGUUGCCAACUUGAUGCACGCCAAGUCCUGCUUCUCCAAAACGACGACACGAGAGAAUGCGUCGUCGAGAAGCUCGUUUGGGACGCUGUUUUCAGCCACAUAUUCUCCCCCAACGGAGUUCGCUUUGGUAGGAAUCGGGCCGGGACACCAGGCCAGUUACUGUCUGCUCUCUUCAACCAGUUGCUUGAAAGGCCUGAGAUGACAAACAACCCCACCAUGCUACUUCGAUGGAAGGCUGAGAGCGCCGUCAUGAUGGACAAGGUCAUCGGCGUCGACAACAAAGAGCUAGAUACUAUCGUCGACAAGGAAUACGGGGGCCUCUGCGUAUUCAUUCCCCGCGACUGUCCCGACAUCACAGUCGCGCGACAGAGUCUUUAUCACCAGCUCCGGAACAUUUUCAAGGAGGCGACUGAGAUACACCGAAUCUUGAUGCAAUCCCGCGCCCACUUUUAUAUCGAUCUGGUUGAUACUGAAGCCGUUGUUCAUUAUAACCCGGAGUAUCAUGAAGCCGAGGUAUAUGAGACGGAGCUGAGCCCAAAGAGCACCGUCCUGCUCGGGAUUUCACCGAGUCUGGUCAAGUGCGGAAAUGCCGACGGCGGCAACUACGACAAGAGCAACCGGCUGGUCAAGGCAUCAGUAAUCUGCGACUAG